AUGGCAGGGCCAAAAUAUCAGAAUGUUCCCCAGCGGGACUCGCUCGAUCAACCAUCCUAUUCACAGGCUCCGCCCUCAUAUCAAGAUGCCGAGGACCCAGCACAAGCUGCUCUGCUGGGUGGAGUGCCACGCGGCGAGGCCGAUAAUCUCCCUGAUGAUUUCAAGUUUGGUGGUGUCGUGGCCGAGGCGACGUUGGAUAUCAGGAUGGCCUUCAUUCGCAAGGUCUAUGCUAUUCUGACUGUCCAGCUGUUGGCUACGGCGGUGGUCAGCGGCAUUUCGAUGGCGAGCGACACGUAUAGAAAAUGGAUACAGACCCACCAGUGGAUGAUGUGGAUUUCUCUGAUAGGGACCUUCGUCUUUCUGGGCCUCACUUUCUGGAAGCGCAAGUCGUACCCCACGAACCUACUGUUUCUCUCGGGGUUUACCGCCCUCGAAGCCUACGCUAUCUCAGUCAUUGUCUCCUUCACCAAGUCGCGGAUUGUGCUGGAAGCCGUUAUCUUUACCUUCGGCAUCUUCGUCGCUCUCAGUCUCUUCGCCUGCCAGUCGAAGUAUGACUUUACUUCGUGGAUGCCGUAUCUCUUCGGCGGACUCUGGGUCCUUAUUCUCUUCGGCUUCAUGGCUAUGUGGUUCCCGUACAACAGCAAGGUCGAGUUGGGCUACGGCAUCAUCACGGCGCUUAUCUUUAGCGGAUACAUUCUGGUCGAUACGCAGUUGAUCAUGCGUCACUACCACGUCGAGGAGGAGAUUGCGGCGGCCAUCUCUUUGUAUCUGGACAUCAUCAACUUGUUCCUCGCCAUCUUGAGAAUCCUCAACUCCCAGAACAACAACUAA